GGAUUGAGCCAUCAGUCUGCUGUGUGAGCCGCAGAGCCUCUGCCUGAACGAAAAUCUCACAAGUCUUCUCACUCGCUUUUCUACCUCUCUCCCUCCCUCUUUCACUGCUAUUCCUCCACAGUGUCCUGGCUCAACACUACGAUGUCAGUGGUAGCCCCACAGCAGUAAGCACACUAAGUUUCCUGCUGGCCCACAUACACAGACACCCGUAAGCGUGUGUCUGCCGACUCUUAAAUCAGCUAGGAACUGUCAUUCAGUGGUGGUGUGCCUUUCCAGCUGGACAGACGACGACUGAAAACAACAUGUUGUAAAGAUGUGGGUUAUGCUGCCCAUAAGUUCCUGUCUGAGUCCCAGUGAGAAAGAGAAGGGCUAAAGCCAGACCCAGGUGUGAAGCACUCAGCUCUGCAGAGCUCCAGCACAGCCUUUAGCCCACAGGUGCACCCCAGACCAGGAGCCAUGAGCGACCCCCAGAACCCUGGCCAGGUCACGGACACGGUGACCUCCAUCAGCUACACACCGGAGCCAACAGCCUCAUCAUUGCAUGGUGGAGGUAGGCAGCAGCAACAGCAGCAGCAGCAGCAGGAGGAGGAUGACGGGGACCUGAAUAAGGCCCUGGGUGUACAGCGCUUCCAGCAGAUCCUCAGCCCCACGCCAAGCGUGCCCGACGAGCAGCAUCGCACCUGCCAUGAAGAGGACAUCGAGUAUCAUCGCAGCUCUUCCCACCACAUCCACCGGCCUCUGUCCAAGCUUCCUGGAGACAGCAAGAGGAAGAAGACCAACAAGAAGAAGAGGAAGGGCCGCGAUCACCGUGGCAGCCCCGGGCCUGGCGGAGCACCCCCUGUAGAGGAGGGAGAGGAUGAGGAGGAUGAGGAAGAGGAGGAGGCGGCAGAGGUCAAAAGCAGUGCCACACUACACGGUGAAGAAACAGACGCCAGCCAAGAUGUGCAGUUCUUUGUGUCCCGUGAGGAUCCUGAGCACGUGGCCUCCAUUGAGGGGUCCGAGAGCCCUCACCCGGCCAGAGAUGUCUCCGUGGUCCCCUUUUCAGCUGGGGGCAUGGGCCCCGAAGAUGCCACACCAACUGAGUCACUUGCUGGAGCCCCCACUGCCGUCCCUCUGGCGAGAGUGUCGAGCCGAAGUUACGACCUGCAGGAGCGACGACGCACUGGCAACAUGACGGGCGCUGAGCAGGCCAAGUACGAGCGCAUCCCCACCGACGAGAGCGAGGCACAGACACUGGCCUCCGCUGACCUGGACGGAAUAAAAAGUCACCGAUUUGAAGAUGUACCUGGCAUGCGGAGACACCUGGUGCGGAAAAGUGCAAAGGGCCAGGUGGUGCACAUCAGCAAGGAUCACAAAGAGGCCAGCACCCGCACACGGAAACUGGACCGCACCCCACAUGAGUACCGCUCCGAGUCUCGACCCGACGGCAUGGUCCUGCUGGACUUCUCCAGUCAGUUGACCCGCCACCAGAAGGUGUUUGUGGAGCUGAAUGAACUGAUCAUGGACAAGAACCAGGAGAUGCAGUGGAGGGAGACUGCUCGCUGGAUCAAGUUUGAGGAGGACGUGGAGGAGGAGACGGACCGCUGGGGCAAACCCCAUGUGGCUUCCCUGUCCUUUCGCAGUCUCCUGGAGCUCCGCAAAACUAUCUCUCACGGUGCCGUGCUCCUUGAUCUGGACCAGAAGACCCUCCCUGGCAUCGCUCACCAGGUGGUGGAGCAGAUGAUCAUCUCGGAUCAGAUCAAGGCAGAGGACCGCGCCAACGUUCUCAGGGCCCUCCUGCUCAAGCACAGCCACCCGAGCGACGAGAAGGAGCACGCCUCCUUCCCCCGCAACAUCUCGGCGGCCAGCCUGGGCUCGCUCAUCAGCACCCACCACCACCACCACGGCAGCAGCAGCAACCACCUCUCCCAGGCAGAGCCCUCCGCCACCGAGCCCCUGAUGACCGGUGCCGGCCUCGAGGGGGAGCUGCGCAUCGACAUGGACAAGCACGAGGUGCACGCCCAGAGGGACUCCAUCCCAGUUAUUGGAAUGCAUAGGUCCAAGUCAAAGCAUGAACUGAAACUCUUGGAGAAAAUUCCUGAAAAUGCUGAGGCUACAGUUGUACUAGUUGGUGCGGUGGACUUCCUGGAGCAGCCCACCAUGGCGUUUGUGCGUCUGCAGGAGGCGCAGGAGCUGGACUCGGUGCUGGAGGUGCCGGUGCCGGUCCGCUUCCUCUUCGUCCUGCUCGGGCCGCCCAGCACCAGCAUGGAUUACCAUCAGAUCGGUCGCUCCAUUUCAACACUCAUGUCUGACAAGCAUUUUCACGAGGCGGCCUACCUGGCGGACGACAGACACGACCUCCUGAACGCCAUCAACAGCUUCCUGGACUGCAGCAUCGUGCUGCCGCCCUCGGAGGUGGGGGGCGAAGAGCUGCUGCGCUCAGUGGCGCGCUUCCAGCGGGAGAUGCUGCGCAAGCGCGAGGAACAGGAGGAGAAACUACUGGCAAAAGAGCUCAAGAGCCCGGAGGAGAAAGAAUCCCUCCUGGCUGCUGGCAAGCCCAGCGACGACCCUCUCCAACGCUCGGGCAGGCCGUUCGGGGGCCUAAUCCGCGACGCCCGCCGCCGCUACCCCAAGUAUAUCAGUGACUUCAAGGAUGCGCUGAACGCACAGUGCAUGGCCGCCGUCAUCUUCAUCUACUUUGCGGCGCUCUCGCCCGCCAUCACCUUCGGCGGGCUGCUGGGGGAGAAGACGGAGGGCCUGAUCGGCGUGUCGGAGCUCAUCGUGUCCACGGCCAUCCAGGGCGUGCUCUUCUGCCUGCUGGGAGCCCAGCCACUGCUGGUGGUGGGCUUCUCCGGGCCCCUUCUGGUGUUUGAGGAGGCCUUCUUCUCGUUUUGUAAGGCGAACAACGUGGAGUACCUCACAGGCCGCGUUUGGAUCGGCUUCUGGCUCAUCAUCAUAGUCGUGCUUAUGGUGGCCUUUGAGGGGAGCUUCCUGGUCCGCUUUGUGUCGCGAUUCACUCAGGAGAUUUUCUCCAUCCUCAUCUCCCUCAUCUUCAUCUAUGAGACAUUCUCCAAACUGGGAAAGAUAUUCCUGCACCAUCCACUGAAGCGAUGCACUAUCAUCAAUAGCACCGAUGGCAACAGCACAUCAGAGAAUAUCACUAUGAGUGUGCUGCCAGACAACAACACCACCACCCUCACCCCCAGUAACCGCGGAGAGCCCAACACAGCCCUGCUCUCCCUGGUGCUCAUGUCGGGAACAUUCUUCAUCGCCUUCUACCUGCGCAAGUUUAAGAACAGCGCAUUUUUUCCUGGCAGGCUUCGCAGGGUGAUUGGAGAUUUUGGUGUCCCAAUUGCCAUCCUCAUCAUGGUGCUGGUGGACUACAGCAUUCAGGACACUUUUACACAGAAACUGAGUGUGCCCAAUGGGUUAUCUGUGACCAGCCCAUCCAAGCGUGGCUGGUUUGUGAAUCCUCUUGGCAUGAAUGACCCUUUCCCCAUCUGGAUGAUGGCCGCCAGCAUCCUUCCUGCUCUGCUAGUCUUCAUCCUCAUUUUCAUGGAGACACAGAUCACCACCCUGAUAGUCAGUAAAAAGGAGCGGAUGCUGGUGAAGGGCUCCGGCUUUCACUUGGACCUGCUGGUGAUUGUGGCUCUAGGGGGUACUUGUGCCCUGUUCGGCCUGCCGUGGAUGGCCGCCGCCACUGUCCGCUCCGUCACCCACGUCAACGCACUCACCGUCAUGAGCAAGGCAGUGGCCCCUGGAGACAAGCCACGCAUCCAGGAGGUGAAAGAGCAGAGGGUGACUGGGCUUCUGGUGGCCAUUCUAGUGGGUCUGUCAAUUGUGAUUGGGGACCUCCUGCGUAAGAUCCCCAUUGCUGUUCUGUUUGGGAUCUUCCUCUACAUGGGCGUGAUGUCUCUCAAUGGCAUCCAGCUGACUGAACGCAUCCAGCUGCUACUCAUGCCUCCUAAGUACCAUCCUGACCACAUGUAUGUGCGCAAGGUGAGAACGCUACGCAUGCACCUGUUCACAGCAGUGCAGGUGGUGUGUCUGGCUGUGCUGUGGGCAGUCAUGUCCACUGCUGCGUCGCUGGCCUUCCCUUUUGUCCUCAUCCUCACCGUCCCCGUCAAGAUGUUCCUCCUUCCACGAAUCUUCACUGCCAGAGAGAUGCAGUGUCUGGAUGCUGAUGAUGCUGAGCCCACUUUUGAUGAGCGGGAGGGCCAGGACGAGUACACAGAGAUGCACAUGCCUGUGUGAGCCACGCCCAACGCCAGCUCCCCACAUCAAAUGUGUCCAACCGCCACUCCGUUCCAAUGGCCAAUGUGAAGUGCCUUAGGGAGCUUUUUCUGUAGCCAAUCUGAACUGACGCACAGAACACAUAUACACACACACAUAUAUGCACACGCACCACCCACCUUCACCCUCUCUCGUUCAUGGGUAAUCACCUUUGUAUCUCUCCUUGAACAUUUCCAGACACCAGAAGGCAGACACACAUGAAGUAGACUCUCCCUUACCAAAGCCUGUUCUGCUUCUGGUCUUUUAGAAAGCAUCCGUCCAUUUUCUCCACUUUCCAAAUGAAGGAUGCCUUUAUGGUGAUGACUUUCACAUGGGAGGUUGUCUAUGGCAACAGUGUCUUCCACUGGGCUCAGAGAAUAUUCUUCCUAUUAGAAGAAAAACUAGUGUUCCCUAUGGUGGAAAUUUUAUAUAAUCGUAACUGGACAUUCCCCCCCUCGUCCUGCGACGUAACGUGACUCAGAGGUCAAUGAUUUCAGAUGUUUUGUAAUAUUUAUUUUUGUAUACGUCACUACACAUUUCAGAAAAUGUGAAGCUGCUGCAUUGGAACAUCUGUGCUUCACUAGUGUUCCAUUUAGCCACAUACACAUAGGAACGAAAGUAGGUGUGCUUUCCCCCGCUCGUUUCUGUUGUCUGAUAUUGUUAUUGUACCAGGGAGAAUGCUGUACUGUAGGUAUAUGUAUCUUGAUCACAUGGGUAUUACUAUGUUUGUAUGAUCCCUGACUAUCACUGUGCUGAAUAUUUCAGUGUUGCCAAUCUAUGCCUGCAGCAUAACUGCAGUAAUGUCACUGCAGUAAUUGGUUUUCAGGCUCACUCAGUUCAUGCAACGCUACAUUGUGUUCCAGUGAACAUGAACAGUGAACAACUGGCUUUGUGGACCGGUAAGUGGUCACAUCCACCUCUCUCUAUCUGAAUCGGCCAUCACUUCUCAGUAUCUCAGUAGCUUUAGUGGAUGCCAGCUAAUUGGUUUACCUGUGUGGCAGUUACUGAGCCCCUAAAUAACUCUAACUGUCAGAGAGAUUUAAUAACUGCACUUACAGUGUAGUAGCAACCACAGGCUUAAUGCUGCCUAACCCUGUUUCUCCUGUCCUGCUUUAUGAGCAGGACUCUAUGAGCAUCCAGUUGAGACCAGUUUGACACACACUCACUGGUGUAUUGGUGUAUUUCAGUUUGGGUAUAAAAUCAUUCAUAUUAUGUUUGGGAGCAUUGCUGGUGUCUCACACUUUUAGAAAUGGUGGAACUAGACGUCAUCUUGACAAGACUUCUUGCAGCUUGUUGUAAUUCUCUUAAAUCAUCGUGUAUUAUCCCGUAACACAUUUAAGUGCCAAUUCAACCAGGUCUGUGGGAAUUUUUGUUUUCAGAUGAUGUGCUGGGCUUCUUAGUCAUAGGAAUGAUGUCACAAAAUUAAAUUGUAAUGGUGGUAUGGGUUUCCUCAGCAUCCCCUUGAUUUAGGGUGACAUGGCCCAUAGAUGGGAGGGGAGGGUGGGGUGGUUGCUGUUGGCUGUUACGGGCUACAUAUUGAAGUAAGCUUAACUCAUUUUCUUGCUUUCUUGUCAGUCUGUUGUGUCCUCUUUUUAGUUUUCCCAUGUAUUUUAGACAAACCUCUGUAUAUAUAUUUGAAUGUUUUCAGAACAAGUUAUAUCAAGGCUUACUUUCUCUGAAUUCUUCCAAGUGCUUCAGCUGGUCAGAAAGUGCUCUUAACAUUCCACAUAUAACUUAGUUUUGCUUACUUGAUGAUUUUAAAGUAAUAUAAUAAACAUAACUGACUGCACAAUCAUAGGAAGAAACGCUGCUCUUAACUAAUCACAGUACAUUAAAAUAUCAUGUAUCCUUUUCUUAUCUGAGGAUCAGUUGGACUCUUUGUGAGGUUAUAUUUUUUGAGUAAAUUAUUAAUGAAGAGCUAUACAUAUAAUUUUAUAAACUACAGAUUUUUAUCUUCAGACAUACAACUGGAUUCCUUUGUAGGCCAAGUUCUUUUUAUGGUUUGCCUUCCCCUGCUCUGGCAGUGUCUGCACUCCUCCACAAAGCCUUUAUUGCUGUUGUUUGUAUUACCAGCUUUGACUGUAUUGUCUUUACUGAAAGUGUUUUGAGAGUGCCAUGUAACUGUUCUUUGCAUUGUCUGAACUCUUUCAUUCACUUUUUUUGUGAACUGCUAGUAUCAUGUAUGGGAAAGAUGUGUUGGUGAUGUGAUCAUGUUUUUUUUUUUGCACAGUCUGCACAAGUUUGUGUCUACAUGUGCAUUAUCUCAAGAAAGUCAAAAUAAGGCAUUUUUGAUGUCCGACACAUUCGUUCUAAACCUACAACAGAAAUCUCGAACCUCUUACAGAAGUCCUGUGUGGAACUGUAUGCAUAUUGUAUCUGUUUCAAUCAAACAUUUAUCUUUUUUUGGCUUACCUUAUCUGUGCACAUGUGUGUAGGUCAUGGAUAUAAAAUAAAGUAAUUUUGUAUUAAUUCCCUG